AUUUAAGAGAAGAAGAACAGGGACAGAUAUCGUUCUGUUAAGUGUUGACGUUAUGCUAACGCGCAGCUAAUUACAGCAACAAUAACUGCAAAUUCAAGUGUCAAGGCUGCCAUGUCUGAGCCCAAGUCCCAGGGUUCUGGUGGUGGUAUUCCAGGCCAGAGAAGCUCACAGGGGGGUCCAGAGAUGGUUACAGUGAAGCUGGAGGACUGCGGUCAACCACUGGUGCUAAAUGUGAUUGUCAAAGAGGAAGAGGAGGAGAGAGGACUCUCGGAGAUGAGAGAAAUUAACAAGGAGAUUAAAGAGGAGGUGGAGGAGAAGACAGUCAAGGAGGAGAUGGAGGACAUAGCCCUCGAAGAACAAAAGCAGGACACCAGGGAAGAGGAGGAAUUAGUAGAUGGAAAUACUGACACAGGAGAGAGCUUCAGAUCUGGUUCAGACAAUGAGCCCAAUUCCACAGCAUCAACAAACCAUCAAAAACAGACAGCGAUCUCAAGACAGAAACAUCACCACUGCAUGGACUGUUUCACUAGUUUCUAUGAGUCAGAGGAGUUGAGAAGCCACACUUGUAGGCCCCGCCCCUGUUUAGAAUGUAGAGGAACCGUCAUUUGUCCAACUCACCUCAACUCAAAACAGACUCAAAACAGAAAGAACACACACCUCUGUGGUGAAUGUGGGAAGAUAUUUCAGACACCAAGUAAACUCAAAACACACCAACGAAGUCACACAGGAGAGAGGCCUUACAUCUGCUCUGUUUGUGGCAAGGGUUUCAGUCAAUCGAACCAACUUAAGACACACCAGAGAACUCACACAGGAGAGAGGCCCUACACCUGCUCCAUUUGUGGGAAGAGUUUUAGUCAGUCGAAUGAACUACAGACACACCAGAGAACUCACACAGGAGAAAAGCCUUAUAACUGCCCCGAGUGUGGGAAGAGUUUCAGUCAGUUAUCAACUCUGAAGACUCACCAGUUAACUCAUACAGGAGAAAGGCCAUACCACUGUCCUCAGUGUGGAAGAAGUUUUGGUCAUUCAUCAACUCUGAAGAAACACCAGUUAACUCAUACAGGAGAAAAGUCCUAUCAAUGCCCUCAAUGUGGGAAGUGUUUCACCAGAUUAUAUCUACUAAAAGCACAUCAGAUAACACACACAGAAGAGAAACCUUACCCCUGCCAUGAAUGUGGGGAUAGCUUUGCCAGUUUAUAUUUCCUAAAGAAACACCAGAUAACUCAUGCAGGAGAAAAGCCUUACCACUGUUCCCAGUGUGGGAAGAAUUUUAUCCGGUCAUCAGCUCUGAAGACGCACCAGGUAACUCACACAGGUAAGAAGUCAUUCAAUUGCACCCAGUGUGGGAAGUGCUUUGGUCAUUCAUCAACUCUGAAAACACACCAGUUAACUCAUACAGGAGAAAAGCCUCACAGCUGCAUUCAGUGUAGGAAGAGUUUCACUCGGUCAUCAACUUUGAAGAAACAUCAGAGAACACAUGCAGAAGAAAAACAUUCAGACUGGAAGACACAACAGCUUACUCACACAGAAGAGAAGCCUAUCCACUGCUCCUAAUGUGGGACAGUUAGUCAGUCAUCAAAUCUUAAGGUAUCACAGCCAUUUACAUAGAACAGAGUGAAUUUGCUUUCAAAGAACGUGAACUUCAAACCACAGAAGCAAAGAACAUUAUGAAAUGAAAGCUAUUGACAAAUCCAACCUGUGUGCUUCAGUAGAGCCAGGGUUCUUUUUUAACCUUUCCAGUACCUGUCUGACUUGAUCAUUUAUCUGACUUGAUAGACUGCCACAACCCUGGACACGUUAUUUACCUUGAGUGUUAUGUGAUGAACCCUGGACAUAUGGUAAUAAAUUGAUAAUCUAAUUGGUAAAAUACUGAGGUGGAAUAUUGUCAUAUUGAGUAUCAAUAUUCCAGAUCGAUGGAGCACAGCUGGAAUGUUUUUUUAAUUUGUUCAGUACGGGCCUUAUGAAAAUAAUACCAUUUGGGAGCACAGGCAAUAUUUAUGAAAUUCAGGAAAAUGGAAAAUAGAGUGGAUUCAGAAAAUAUUCAGACCCCUUUUUAUUCCCACAUGUUUUUCUGUUCUACACUUAAAGAUGCCCUCCAUGAUUUAUGGCCUCUGGUUGUAAAAGUGGCGUUGUGUACUUAUUGGUGUCUAGUCAUUAAAAACCCCUUGCUUUC